GGUGUUAGUGGGGGUUGCCAUAAAUGUCUCGCAAGAAUUUUCAAAUUUUCCCGCGGCGCGGCAGCACCGAGCGCUGCCUAUACUAGUCGAGCUUUUUUCGACGCGGACGCGCAGUGUAAGGUCCAACCCCCGAACCAAACGGUCAUCCGAAUCUAUAGCGAACGAGUGUGGUUAGCAGAUCAGUAGAGCGGCAAAAUGGACGCGCGAUUCAAAAGCAACCUCGAUAUGAUUGGCCGUAAUGAGCCGAUCACAAAGAAAGCCAAGUUCUGGCAAAGCUACGUACGCGCGCUUAAAGGAACCGACGACAUGAGGGCUCCCGAACACACCCACAGGCCCCGUGGUAUCUACCGCUCCGAUUUCCCUGAGCUGCAUUCCACCUCGUGGCCUUGGGGCAAGUCCAUCUACGAUGACCCCAUUCACGCCGGCGAGCGCAUCAACGUGCCUGGUUACAGGUACCUUCCCGUUCACCGCGAGAUUUACGGCUACUCACCCAGGCAGCUGUACCCCCACCAGUACAAGCCAGUUGAGCGCUAUACUCCCGCGAAAGAUUUCGAUGCUGACAAGGCUUGGAACGCCCACCUCGACCGUCUUGCCGAUAUCGAUAGAUUGUACCCGAGCCCGACGCCGCUGCUUCAUAGACACAGAAACCGACCCGGAUCUCCCAUCACGACGAAGCCAUUAUUCGACAUUCACGGUCAUUUGCUCGAUGAUUUGGCGAACAUCCCGUCGUUCCCGACUCUCUUGCGCAAGAAGCCGAUCUGGGAUCUGCUGUCGCCAUCGCCGGCAGUGCCGAUCAGCGCGUUUGCACGAGACCCCUGGUGGUACCCGAGCUACGCGCCAUACAUCCCGAACUACGCGCAAUACAGGACUCCGUUCUAUCUGAGAGACAGCUACCUCAGCCCAGUGAAGCGUCGCUACCUCUGGAGCCGACACCCCCUCAGGCCUCUGGGUAAUUUCUCGAAUUGUACCUAUUAUUCAAAGCCAAGUCCACGAGUAUGCUUUACGGAGCCAUGGUACAACCAUUGGUAAUGAGAGACAACGUGAGCUGCCGCCUUCUAAGGGACUUCACUUCACCGCCCAAAAGAAGUAACGAGCGAACCUAACGAAAAAAAAAGAAUAAUUUCAAAUUGAAAGAGGACAGAAAAAAAAAUAAAAGCGAAAAAAAAAACAAAACAAAAAUAAAAUAAAAUUAUUCACGUUAUCAUCGCCCGCACAAAAUUUUAUCUUCGGAAGUCUGACUCACUUCCCCCCCCCCACCCCCCGGAAUUUUAUUUAUUAUAACAUUUUUCGGUUAUUAUCUACUGCCUGCAGAGUAUUCUUAAAAGGGUUACUACUACUACUAUUACUAUUAUUAUUUCAACGAUAUUAUAUCAAUAAAUAAACAUAUUUACUAAAAGUCAAAAAUGUUUCCUUUCACUUUUAUCAAUCCAUGAUAUAUAUAUAUAUAUAUAUGCAAAUAUAUAAUAAUUUUUUUUUAAAAGGAUAUUUGUUAAUACAAACACGUCAGAAAGUAUAACUUGCGUAGUUAUACGGAUGGAAAAUUUCAACUUGGCGGUAAGUCGCGUGAAGAAAAUGAAUUUAGAAACUCCGUUUUCCAAUAUGAAUAUAACAUUGUGAAACAAUACGUAUGAUGUUUAUUUUUCUUUUGAAAGUUUUUACAUCAUAUUUAGAUGUCACAAUUUCCAUGUUGCAACUUACCAGCAUCGCUAGGGCAUUUAGAUACAUAUUUCAGAGAACUGGUAUUCAUCUUUCAUUGUCAUUUUCUUUUUACAUACUUCUGUUUUUCACUUUUUUCAUUUUUUACAUUUUUAAUGCAUGUCAUGCUUUUUUGAAACGUUAAAUUGCAACAGAAAAAUCAUUUACAAAUAAUAUAUAACAUGUAUUUUUUUUUUUUUUUUUUUAGUAUAAUUAUAACGUAUGUUUAAUAGGUGUAUCGUACCUUAAGGGAAAAAAAACAACAUAUCAACCGUUCAUUUAAGGGGCUGUGUACUGAGACGAAAAAGGCAAGAGAAUUGAAAAAAAAUAAGGAAAUAAAAAAAUUC